GAAACUUCAUAGGAUAAAAGUGAACAGCAUCAAAAGAUCUGACAGCAAUACCCGAACUGGUGUCAGAGGUAAAUACCUAAACUUCAUUAAAAUCACCACCACAAAGAAAGCUCCUUUUCUUGAUCAAUGGAUAGUAGCACCAAACCCGUGGUGGUUCGUCAAGUUUGGGCAUCAAAUCUUGAAUCUGAGUUCGCUCUCCUUGAACAGAUUCUUCCCUGUUACUGCCAUGUUGCCUUUGACACAGAGUUCCCAGGAUUCAUCCAUGUGUCGGAGAAGAACUGCCACUACUCAAAGCUUCCACCUUCCUACACUUACAAACUCGUCAAGGCCAAUGUCGAUUCCCUGAAACUCAUUCAGUUGGGUCUCGCCCUCUCCAAUUAUGCCGGCCACUUACCCGACCUUGGCACCGAUUCUUACUAUGUCUGGGAAUUCAAUUUCAAAGGUUUCGACGUCGAUCGCGACCAUCAUAACCCGGACGCAAUCCAGUUACUCGCAGAACAAGGAAUCGAUUUUGCCCAGAUUAAGGAAGAGGGGAUCCCAAUUGGUGCCUUUAGAAGAUUGUUUCUGAGAUCAAGAUUCAUGUUUAGUAGGCUGAAUCUGACAUGGGUCACUUUCCAUAGUACCUAUGAUUUUGGGUACAUGGUUAAGGUUCUCACUGGAAGGAAAUUGCCCAAUGAUCUUGAUGUUUUCAAGGUUGUUGUCUCCGAAUUAUUCGGGUCUAGUGUUUAUGAUAUGAAGCACAUGAUUAAGUUUUGCAGAGGAAUCAAUGUCGGUGGGUUAGAGAAGUUGGCGAAGAGUUUGAAGGUUGAUCGUGUUGCUGGGAAUAGUCAUCAAGCCGGUUCAGAUAGUUUGUUGACUAUUCAGACUUUUUUCAAACUUAGGGAUCUUUAUUUUACUGCUGAUAAUUGUGAUGAGCAAGAUUGUUUGAACAUCAAUUCCUUUGUGAAUAUCUUAUUUGGUUUAUAAAAUUAUCUUAUUUGAUUUAUAAAA